CUGAGUAACCUAGGUUUGAAUGUUGCAAAGUUUUGGUGAAAGGCUUGUAUACCAAAAUAAAAUUUUGACCGAUGAACCAUCCACCGCUUUCUGCCGAGAGCUCUUUGAAUCAAGCCGGAUUAUAUUUGUGGGUUUGUCAUAUUCGUCACUUACUAUGUAGUGAUAUGAAUAGUAAUUUUAAUUUUAACACUAGGAUCAAAUUAUUUAUUUUGAUGUAAAUACUAAGUGCAAGAAAGAACUUAUCCCUUUUUAAAUUUUUUUUUUUUUCCUCCCAAUGAUGUUUUAGUCAAUUUGAAUACACCUCAAUUGAUUGACAAGAUAGUCACAAGUUAGACGCCUGGAAACAGUACUGUCCAACAAGUUCGCACACAUGCAAUCUGUUCAAGCUUAUAUGACUUUUAUAUUCAGAGAUAUUCGAAAGUGUCCUUGACAUCACUUUGUUCCAAGAACUUCCAGAUUCAUUAUAUAGUUCCUUUCAAAUUUAAUUGGAAUCGGAACUUAGAUACUCGUAGUAUAUAAGAGAAGUUAGCUCGCUGUCCAUAGUCUUUCUGGUUUCAUUUUGUAUCAGCUGUAGACCUUAGCUUUGCAUGUAAUGGUUUCACUAGCUCGGAAGCUGAUCGCAUCCCGGAACCCUAGUCCAAUAAGCUUAGAAUCCCAAGAAGCUUUGCAGCCCUUCAUCCCAUUUUCCCGACUUCAAGAGACAAAGCUCUUAGAGUCCCAUCUAGUUUCGCUUCUUGAUAACUGUAGCAGCCUAAUUCAGAUCAAACAAGUACAUGCUCACGUUAUUCGCAAAGGUCUUGACCAAUGCUGCUAUGUUCUCGCUAAGCUAUUACGUAUGCUUACAAAAAUCAACGUCCCAAUGAACCCAUAUCCCCGUCUUGUGUUUCAUCAAGUGGAGUACGGUAACCCUUUUUUGUGGACCGCUUUAAUUCGGGGUUAUUCAAUUCAAGGACCAUUGGAAGAGGCGGUCCAUUUGUAUAAUGCCAUGAGAAGGGAGGAUAUAUCGCCUGUUUCUUUUACGUUGACUGCUUUGUUUAAGGGUUGUAGUGAUGAACUCGAGUUGAAUUUAGGUAGGCAGAUUCAUUGUCACGGGAUAAAGCUUGGUGGGUUUUGUAAAGAUAUGUUUGUUCAUAAUACUUUGAUUGAUAUGUAUGUGAAGUGUGGUUGUUUGGAUUGUGGUCGAAAGGUGUUUGAUGAAAUGUAUGAGAGGGAUGUGAUUUCGUGGACUUCGUUAAUUGUUGCGUAUUCGAAGGCUGGAGACAUGGCGGCAGCUGUUGAGCUGUUUGAGAGAUUGCCUGUGAAAGAUUUGGUUGCUUGGACUGCUAUGGUGUCAGGUUGUGCACGGAAUGGUAAACCAAGGGAGGCGUUGGAGUUCUUCCAUAGGAUGCAGUCUGCAGGUGUGGAGACUGAUGAGUUGACAUUGGUUGCGGUUAUUUCAGCUUGUGCACAGUUGGGGGCUGCUAAAUAUGCAAAUUGGGCUCGUGAUGUGGCUGAGGGAUAUGGUUUUGGACCUGCCAAUCAUGUUAUGGUGGGGUCUGCAUUGAUUGAUAUGUACUCCAAGUGUGGGAAUGUGGAGGAAGCAUACAAGGUUUUUGAGAAGAUGAGGGAAAAGAAUGUGUUCUCGUAUAGUUCGAUGAUUGUUGGUUUUGCAAUGCAUGGAUGUGCGAAUGCUGCAUUAGAUUUGUUCGAAGAAAUGGUGAAAACUGAGGUAAAGCCUAAUAAGGUGACAUUCAUUGGUGUUCUUAUGGCCUGUACUCAUGCAGGUUUGGUGGAACGGGGUCGAGACCUGUUUGAUAGAAUGGAGAAACAUUAUGUCGUUGAACCAUCAAUAGAACACUAUGCUUGCAUGAUUGAUCUCCUUGGCAGGGCUGGGCAACUAGAAGAAGCUCUUGAGCUUAUCAAAGCUAUGCCAAUGGAGCCUAAUAGUGGUGCCUGGGGCGCCCUGCUAGGAGCUUGUCGGAUUCAUGGUAAUCCUGAAAUUGCAGAAGUUGCUGGUCACCGUUUAUUUGAGCUUGAACCUGAUAGCAUUGGAAACUAUGUCUUGCUUGGCAAUACAUACGCUUCAGCAGGAAGGUGGGAAGAUGUUCUGGAGGUAAGAAAAUUAAUAAAACAAAAACUGCUGAGGAAAGACCCUUCACGCAGCUGGAUUGAAGGCAAAGAGGGGGUGAUUCACGAGUUCUAUGCUGGUGAUAUGACCCACCCAAACUCGAAAGAGGUUAAGGAAGCACUUGAGGAUCUUGUUGGUCGGCUUAAGUCAUGUGGCUACGAGCCAAACUUAAGUUCCGUGCCUUAUGAUCUGAGUGAGGAACAUAAAAGGCGAAUACUUCUCACACAUAGUGAGAAGCUGGCUUUGGCAUAUGGGCUGCUCAUCACUGAUACUGGGUCUGCCAUCAGGAUCAUGAAAAAUCUAAGAAUCUGUGAAGAUUGCCACUCAUUUAUGUGCGGUGCAUCUCAAAUCACUGGCAGGGAGAUUAUUGUCAGGGAUAACAAGAGAUUUCACCAUUUCCGUAAUGGUGUAUGUUCUUGUGGUAACUUUUGGUAAUUUAUAGAACUUUCAUUUCAGUCUAUGCGAGUUUGAAGAAUCCUUUUCUUUGGAAAUGGCCAUAACUUCGUCACAAGCCACGGUUAUUCAAGAUGGUUUGAAUUGCUUUUUAAAAUGAGGAAGUGGUAUUCUUGUUGUUCAACUGAAGCAUAUGACUAACUCAUUCACCGGAAAAUCUGAGCUCCAGAUUUGUGUAUGAUCCCAGAUGCCAAGUUAUAUGACAGCUUUGCCAACUUUGAAACCUGAUUCAAAUACACUCACUGCAUCAUCCUUACAGCAAUAUGCCCUCUAGGACCGAUCUCACUACAAUAUUUGGUUUGCGCGCUCUCAAAUGCCUGACUGUUCUUAUCUGCCAUGUAUACAGUUUUAUGGAGCUCAACUGGCUAAGUGACUUCGUUCAGGUUUAAGUGGGGGGAAUCGAGGUCCUAUAGUAUGUAGUGAAAAUAAAUUGAUUGUUCUCACCGAUCGAUAGACAGCACAUAGCAGGCAUUUUGCUUACUACAACUUGAUGGCCAAAGUUCAGCGGGAAGAUCGAUUUCUUAUUUCUUUAGAUAGAAUUUCCGAGUCUGCGCUGAGUUACGUGCUUGUUGCAUCAAAAGACUGGAAAAGGCAAUUCCGAAGUUCGUACCUCCACGGGGGUUCAGAAGAUCAGACUCCAUUUAACUCUCGGACUGCAAGUUUUUAUUUCAAUAUCAGUUUGUCUAGCUGAUGAAAUAUUCGAUCAACUUUCAUGGUACUCAUGUUUAAUUUUCCAGCCAUUUGGUUGGCUAGCUCCGACCAUCACCGAGUAGGUUGGAUCUUCAAACUGGAAUUUUAUGUGGGUGUACACAUGAGCAACCAUGAGAAGAUUGGAUCUUGAAAUUGGGAUUCUCUGCAUGAAUCAACUAUGUUGGCGGAGCAUAUCCUAGUCCACUAGGGAAGGCUGCUCUGAGCAGGCAACGCAGGAAACAGGGGUAUUUUGAUCUCGUUAUAAAACAAGUUUCAGGCAUCUUUUGGCUGGCUGGAAUUUGAAGCAAUUUCAUACUUGAAAGGCCGAGCAUUCAGCUGAACCUUUCGGUAUUACUUACACUUAUUUGUGUAUCUAGUUUUAACUCUUGCAAUCUUUAAGUUCCUUGGUAAAAGGAGGUGAUGUUAAUCUUCAAAAGGCAUCAUUAUAACAGUACCUACUUAAUGUUGUUCCCUCUCA